AUGAGAUCAGCUUUCUUCCAACCCCUCCUACCCCGCCAAACCUUUUGCUCCCCCGGCUUAAGAACUUUCUCUCUCCCUCAACGCAUUGCUACUUCAUCCACCUUUGCGACCACUCGAUUCUAUUCACAGCCAGCCAAAAUGUCUGCCAACCGAUCCCGAGUUUUCUUCGACAUCACCUGGAAGGGACCCGUCUUCAAGGACGGCAAGCCUACCACUGAGAUCAAGGAGCAGCAAGGUCGCAUCAACUUCACCCUGUACGACGACGUUGUCCCCAAGACCGCCGAGAACUUCCGUGCUCUCUGCACCGGUGAGAAGGGCUUCGGCUACCAGGGCUCAUCUUUCCACCGUAUCAUCCCCAACUUCAUGCUCCAGGGUGGUGACUUCACCCGCGGUAACGGUACCGGUGGCAAGUCCAUCUACGGCGAGAAGUUUGCCGAUGAGAACUUCCAGCUGAAGCACGACCGCCCCGGUCUGCUGUCUAUGGCCAACGCUGGCCCCAACACCAACGGCUCCCAGUUCUUCAUCACCACCGUCGUCACCUCUUGGCUGAACGGCCGCCACGUCGUUUUCGGCGAGGUCGACGCUGACUGCAUGCCCAUUGUCUCUGCCCUUGAGGCCACUGGCCGUGACGACGGCAAGGUCAAGUAUGAGCCUCGCCCCACCAUCGUCGCCAGCGGUGUCCUGUAA